UGUUACGUUUGAUUAGUCGCUAGGUAUUGCCUAUUGGUAUGUAUGAAUGAAGAAAGCGAGAGACAGAGAAAGUGGUCCACCUUAGUCUAUGGCUGACUGACACCCACAGCAGCCGUCUUGAUAAGGAGAUCCACAAACACCAUUCUCUCCUCUCUUUCAUCAAUUCAACCCAAACUCAACCAUUUCUCCUGUCACCGCGAUUCACAUUGCCUCUCUUCACUCUUCCAUACUUAUUAGUACUUUCGGAAUUCGCUAGGUACCUAGUUUGUUUAGUUAGGUCUUAGGACACUCCAUUAAUCUCCCAAACAUGAUGUCUCAACAAGCAGCUUCGGUUCCUUCCAACCUUAGACCCUCCUCGGUUCAACUUCACCAACCAAACUCAAACCCUAAUCCUAACCCUAGUUCAGCUUCAUCAGCUAAGAGAAAAAGAAGCCUUCCCGGAACACCAGAUCCGAAUGCAGAAGUGAUUGCUCUGUCGCCAAAGUCACUGAUGGCGACGAACAGAUUCAUCUGCGAAGUGUGCAACAAGGGUUUUCAGAGAGACCAGAACCUGCAGCUGCAUCGGCGAGGGCACAACUUGCCGUGGAAGCUGCGGCAGAGAGCGAAGGAGGAAGAGGUGAGGAAGAAGGUGUACGUGUGUCCGGAGAAGAGUUGCGUGCACCACGACCCUUGCAGAGCCCUCGGAGACCUCACUGGUAUAAAAAAGCACUUCAGCAGAAAGCACGGUGAGAAGAAGUGGCGCUGCGAAAAGUGCUCCAAGAAAUACGCUGUUCAAUCUGACUGGAAGGCACAUAACAAGAUUUGCGGUACUAGACAGUACAAAUGUGACUGUGGCACAAUAUUCUCCAGCAGGAAGGACAGUUUCGUAACGCAUAGAGCGUUUUGUGACGCCAUGGCGGAACAAGCGGCGAGAGUGACAUCACUUCCGGCGGUUUUAUCAAACGAGAUUUUGAUGAACGCUCAGGGAUUGCAGUAUUCUGAAUUUGGUGGGCCAGGCCCAGAAGCAUUCAUGGGGAAUUUGGCGGAUGCGGCCCAUCAUCAUGAGCAUAAGCUGAAGCUUCCACUAUGGCUAGACCAGGCCAACCCUCACGCUCUUAGCGUUGGAAGCAACUCGAGUACUGUGUUCUCACCGGGAACAACAACAACCUUCCCUGAAACAAAUAACAUGUUUGGUACACCACAGUGGUUGAAUUACCGAUACCCAGAAGCAUCCUUUAAUGGUGCGAAUAAUGUUUCUGUGGCUCAACCUCAAGGAGUAAUGAAGCUCGAGCAAGAAGAAAACAAGGGGGAAUUGUCGCAUAGCGUGAGCUCUUUGUUCCCAUUCAGUCACAUGGAAUCUACAAGGAUGAGUGGUAAUGGUAGUUCAGCGUUCGACAACUCCAACACUGUUUUUGGCUUGUUGGACCCGAACAACAACCGAGGUAAUAAUGUGGUUGACAUUCAGAAAAUGUUGUUCAAGCAAGCACACGAGGGUGUGAACUUAAACCACAUGGUGAAUUCCCUCGCAAGCAACAACAUGAACAUGGUGAUGCCGCGGAUUGAAGAAAUAAUGGAGAAGCAGCUACCCUAUUCAAGUUCUUCCAAUACUGAAGAUCAGCACUUAACCAAAGACUUCAUGGGUGUUGGAGAUGGAUCGAUGAUGGGACCAAUGGUGAACCUGCAAAGCAAGUUCCGUGGACAUUAUUGAUGAAAUGGGGUGGAUUAAGUUGUAUUGUACGAUACAUUACAAUACAUAGGUAAUAGAAGCAUUUAGAAGUGGAAGAUAUGUAGCUAAAAUGAUACCGAGUUAGAGCGAGUGGACUCGGAUUGGGAGGCAUGCAGAGUGAACAGGGAGAAAUCACGUGACCAAAAAUAUCGAUAUCAUAAAGACAUCCCGUGAGGGACGUGGGGGCCAUUGCGUUUUGGAAGAGACAAUAUAUAUUCUCUGCAUUUUAUUCUAUAUUUGCUUGUUCUAUUGUAUAUUGUUAAGUUACAAUCUCAUUGCUUUUCUCUUUAAGUUAUAGCUUCUCCUAGUUCAUUAUAAUGUAAUGUAUUAUAGGGCAAACAAGGAAGUAGAAACACGUAAACAAAGUGCUUUAAUUUUCUCCA